UGGUGCUCUUGGCAUAGCUAUUGCCCGGUAACAGUACAGGGGAGGACCCAGGCUGAGCAACAGGGGGACAAAACAGAAGAAGAAAUCCGGGACAAAUUACAGGCAUAUAAAAGCUGAUGUGAGGAUGGUAAUGAGACACAACAGUUCUCUCACUCACACGGUUACUUAACUUUCAUAAGUGCCUCGGAAGUGGGACACGGUCAUGUCUCUUCCGCUGGACCUAAGCUCCUUCAACAAGGAUGCUUCACUGGGCACGCUGGAGAAGCAACUCAUCUGCCCUAUCUGUUUGGAAGUCUUUACCAAACCUGUAGUGAUUCUGCCAUGUCAGCACAACCUCUGCCGCAAAUGUGCUAAUGAACUUUACCAGCCUUCUCUGUUCCAGGUUGGGAUCGGAGGACGAUUUCGGUGUCCAUCCUGUAGACAUGAAGUCGUUUUGGACCGUCAUGGUGUUUAUGGGCUCCAGAGAAACCUUCUAGUGGAAAAUAUUAUCGAUGUCUACAAGCAAGCGUCUGCAAGUUGUAGGCCUCCACCAAAACCACUGGCACAAAUAAACUGUGAAGAACAUGAAGAAGAGAAGCUGAACAUUUACUGCAUCAACUGUCAGGUCCCUACGUGUUCACUCUGUAAAGUGUUUGGAGCACAUAAGUCCUGUCAGGUGGCCCCCAUCACUGAUGUAUAUCAGCAGCAAAAGACCGAACUCAGUGAUGGGAUUGGGUCCCUGGUGGCCACAAAUGAGCGCAUCCAAGCAUGCAUUAAUGACCUGGAGGAGACCUGUAGGAGUAUUGAGGAAAGUAGCGGAAACCAAAAGCAGAUCCUGUGUGAGAAGUUUGACCGCCUGUGUGGAAUCCUGGAGGAAAGACGUAAGAUAAUGUUACAGCGAAUCACAUAUGAGCAAGAUGAAAAGACAAGCUGGGCCCAAAGCUUGGUACAUACCUACAGUGAGCAUGUUGACUCCAACUCAAAGCUGGUGCAGACCUCCUUGAAUGCCAUGGAAGAGCCGGAGAUGGCUGCAUUUCUUCAGACCUCAAAAAGCCUUAUCGAACAGGUGAGCGAGGCGACUAAAUCGGCUCCGAUGGAGACCUUACAGCCUGGAUAUGAAAACAUGGAUCACUAUAAGGUUGAUUUUAACGCUGAGGAGAGGGCUCUCUACCAGCUAGAUUUCAUCAAACUUGCUGUUUAUUAUGCAGCUGAAGAGGAAGCUGAAGAGCCUCCAGAAGAACCAGCACCAGAACCUGAGCCAGAAGUCUUACCAGAACCUGAGCCUGAACAUAUACCAGUGCACAGUCCGGUGGAGAUCUCUGAGCUAGACCAAGAACUGAAAUUGGAAAACUAUGAGAUAAAAAAUGUUUUAUGUGAAACAAAAGAGGAAAACCAGACACAUGUAGAUGGAUCAGCAAGACAAAAAACUGGCAUAUAUGAGAAGAGUGGACUUAACACACAACAGGACCAGACAGAGUUAGGGUAUGAGGGGCAUGAUUCAGGAAUCCACUGCUUAACUUCAGAAGCAGGUGAAGAAACUAAGCUCUACCCCAUUUGGCAUAACCCCAACAACAGACCAAUGCUUAGCCAAAACCAAGCAACACCGCUGGACUUUUUGAGGGUUCCUGAAAAUGAACCCACAGGUCAGUUCCAGCAACCAGAGACCCCUCUGUCCAUGUGGAUGAGUGGCAGCCUUAUGCCUCUGUCUAAUGAGAACCAGCCCCAAUAUGGAAGAGACUCAUUAGAGAGCAACCAACCGAAUAUAUCAGAGGUUGACGAGAAUAUUUGUUAUGAGUUGGUCAACAAGGAUAGCAUGACUUCUGUAUCUCCACAGGGUGAACCCUGCUCAGUGGGAGCCCCGGACAAAGGAGAGAUGGAGCAGAGCACUGAUACAAGCUUUCACAACUACUUUGAUGCCCCCAUGUGGUAGAGAGGCAGAAGCAUAUGAACAGUUAGUCAGGAUGCAGCUUCAGAUCUCUCAGGGGUGGAUGUCAGCUCUCCUGCUGUUACAAGCGAGUCGGCCCGUAUCAGCUUCUCCUUCUCCUGGCUGAAUCCGCUUGCCAAGAAGAAGUGAAUGCUCUUCAGAGAGAGGCCCACAUACCCAUUUAUUCCAUCUGACCAUAACGUACAGGUUUUAACCUCAGGGCAAACUGAAUGUUGUCCAAUAGGUGCACCAACCACUGCUGCUGUAAUCUGUAACAGCUAUAGGUACAUAACAGGAGCCACAUAUUUGCUUCACGUAGCCUUAAUUAUUAGAAACGAAUUAAUUGUAAAAUAUUUGCCUGAGAUACACUAUAUUGCCAAAAGUUUUGGGACACCCCUCCAAAUCAUUGAAUUCAGGUGUUGUUUUUCAGGGGUUCGGCUCGGCCCCUUAGUUCCAAUGAAAGGAACUCUUAAUGCUUCAGCUUCAUACCAAGACAUUUUGGACAAUUUCAUGCUCCCAACUUUGUUGGAACAGUUUGGGGAUGACCCCUUCCUGUUCCAACAUGCAGAGCCUGUGAGCCAGACCUGUGAGUCAUCACAUCAGUGCCUGACCUCACAAAUGCACUUCUAGAAGAAUGGUCAAAAAUUUCCAUAAACACACUCCUAAACCUUGUGAAAAGCCUUCCCAGAAGAGUUGAAGCAGUUAUAGCUGCAAAGUGCAGGACAACUCCAUAAUACAUUCAUGUGCAUGUAAAGGCAGACAUUACAGUUUUGGAAUGGCUCACAGUCUCCACUCUAAUUCAUCCCUAAGGUGUUCUACCACAAAUUCCUGUCAGCUCAAACAAAUCUGGACAUACUCCCCUAGCCCCUUGCUUUAGCUUGCCUUUAUUUUAGUUAGGGGUGCCUUGGAUCUGGAGCCUAUUCAGAAAAUACUGGGAAGGAGGUUGGAAUACAUUCUGGAUGGUAUUCCAGUCCAUCACAGGACAUUUUGCAUAUACACUAUAUUGCCAAAAGUUUUGGGACAUCUGCCUUUACGUGCACAUGAACUUUAAUGACAUCUCAUAGGGUUUAAUAUGGAGUUAGCCCACCCUUUGUAGCUUCAACUCUUCUGGGAAGGCUUUCCACAAGGUUUAGGAGUGUGUUUAUGGGAAUUUUUGACCAUUCCUCUAAAAGCGUAUUUGUGAGGUCAGGCACUGAUGUUGGACGAGAAGGUCUGGCUCACAGUCUCCACUCUAAUUCAUCCCAAAGAUGUUCUAUGGGGUUGAGGACAGUCAAGUUCCUCCACACCAAACUCACUCAUCCAUGUCUUUAUGGACCUUGCUUUGGUCACUGGUGUGCAGUCAUGUUGGAACAGGAAGGGGUCAUCCCCAAACUGUUCCCACAAAGCAUGAAAUUGUCCAAAAUGUCUUGGUAUGAAGCUGAAGCAUUAA